CCGCUCUCUGAUUGGCUGCUGCCUCUCUCCAUUCAGCAGCUCCUCGCGCCGCACCAUCGCAGCGUGUCCGCGUGAAGCCGCGCGUGCGCCGCGGAGACAGACUCGGUUCGGCUGGGGUGGAUCUGCCGGUUCUGAUCGUGUUCGGGUUGUGUUCCGGUCCGGAAGAAGCGUCCUGGGUUUAUUCUGCUGCCUCCAUCAGGUGCAGGGAGCGCGCAUCGGACCCGCCCAGCUGAGAUGGCGAAGGCAGACCAGCGUUACGGCCAGCGCGAUGGUUCCGACCAGAACUUUGACUACAUGUUCAAGCUGCUGAUCAUCGGGAACAGCAGCGUGGGGAAAACGUCGUUCCUGUUCCGCUACGCCGACGACUCCUUCAGCAACUCCUUCGUCAGCACCGUGGGCAUCGACUUCAAGGUGAAGACGGUGUUCCGCAACGACAAGAGGAUCAAACUGCAGAUCUGGGACACUGCGGGGCAGGAGCGUUACCGUACCAUCACCACGGCGUACUACCGAGGCGCCAUGGGCUUCAUUCUCAUGUAUGACAUCACUAACGAGGAGUCGUUUAAUGCAGUCCAGGACUGGGCCACCCAGAUCAAGACGUACUCGUGGGACAACGCCCAGGUGAUCAUGGUGGGCAACAAGUGCGACAUGGAUGAGGAGAGAGUCGUACCGCCUGAGAAAGGAAAACACCUGGCUGACCAGCUGGGGUUCGAGUACUACGAGGCGAGCGCCAAGGAGAACAUCAAUGUGCGGCAGGUGUUUGAGCGCCUGGUGGACAUCAUCUGUGUAAAGAUGUCUGAGCGUGUAGACGUGGAGGCGCCAGCAGCUCCCGGCCCAAAGACCACCAGACUGACCGACAAGCCGGCCCAGCUACCUCAGAAAUGCUGCUGAUCACCAGUCUGCCCCCCCCACACAGCUGUAGGUAACAUAACAAACAUCAGAUAGUCCACACACUCCUCCAGUCCUCCAUAUUAGUGGUCAGUAAUCUGCUGGCGUCCAUAAACCCUAACCCUCCACACCAGCGCUAACCUGCCGUGUUCCACCUGUUCUUCAUGCUAACGAGCCGGAGAACGGACAGAAACACAUCAGUUUGCUUUGAGCCGGUUUACACCAGUCAUGUGGGACUGAGGCCUACAGCGCCACCUGCUGACCGUAGGGCUACAGAUUUCACUUUGUCUGCUCAUCAGAGUUUGCAGGCAGGACCUCCAGCGUGGUUCCAGGUAAACAUCCUGGUGUUUUACACCUGAACGGCUGCAGGUGAAGGCAUAGGUGGCAUAAUGAUGUCAGGCUGACACAUUUAACUCUUCAUGACCUGUUAAUCACAUUUCUGCCCUUACUGCACAAGAAGAGGUGUAAGUACCGCUAGACGGAAACAUCAAGUGAUAAAAUGACCA